GCGCGGCCAGGAAAAUUUUUAAAGAUCUGUAGAAAAUUCAAAUAUCAAUCAAAUUCAAAUCUCUUUUCAGAAUUUGAAAGUUUACCUAUGCUUUGUUUUGAAUGGAAUGGAUACAAAACAAAGCUCUUUUCCCAACAUUAUUGGGAAAAAAGUAAUGGGCUCCCUGUGUUUGUUUAAAAGCACAGGAAUCCUGUGUCUACUCGGUUCUAUAUCUCUGUCCAGUCUCUCGCCAUAGAUCUCGUUCAUCAAAACCAAAAUACAAGUAAUUGUUGUCCCUUCGGCUUCUGUGCCACUAUGACAAGAGUUGCACUGGUCACUGGUGGUAAUAGAGGUAUUGGGUACUGUGUGGUCCAACAGCUUGUGCAGCAGUUUGAUGGUAAUAUUAUUCUCACAGCACGCAGUGAUGAGCAAGGUGAGGCUGCAUGCAGAUCAUUGAAUGUUGGCGGAAGAGUUGAGUACCACAAGCUUGAUGUAACCUCAAAUGACAGUAUUCAUGAGCUGACCCUACAUGUCCAGGAAAAAUAUGGAGGUCUUGACAUCCUUGUUAACAAUGCUGGAAUUUUAAUAAAGGAAUCAUCAGGAACUUCAUAUGCAAGGAAAGCUGAGGACUGUGUUAAGACUAAUUUCUUUGGAAUGCUUGAUGUCUAUAAUUCGAUGUAUCCUCUUCUGAAAGAGCAGGAUUGUCAAUGUGUCAUCUACCAUGGGCUCAUUAAAAAUAGUGCAUCCAUCCCUUGCGUUACAGUUCAUAUCACCAAAGCUUACAGUAAGGCAAUGUGUCAACCUGAUGCAAGCAUAUAUCAGAUAACCCCGCAAUUGUCUCUUAGCAUGCCCCCUGACAUCAUAGUUAUUUUAUGUGGCCGAGGUGUUUGCUUUGUCUUCGUUUUACAAAGGGAUGUGAAAAAUGGAAGAGUAGCAGAAAAUGGAUGGCCUGUUGAAAAAUUGAAAGUCCACAACCCAGCUUAUUCUGUGUCAAAAUUGGGAGUGACUGCCCUCACUUCUAUUUUAGCUAGACAGUUGCAGGGAGAUGGCCGAGAAGGCAUUCUUGUAAAUGCUGUUUGUCCAGGCUGGUGUCGGACAGAUAUCGGUGGGCCAUGUGCACCAAGGUCCGCAGACAAAGGUGCUGAAAGUGUGGUCCAACUGGCUUUGCUACCUCAAGGCACUAGUAACCCAAACGGACAACUUGUUGUCAAUAGUGACGUCACACCAUGGAAGGAAGUUGUGCUACGAGGUGUACAAGGCUACGAUGGUAGAAAGAACGACCUGGUGUUUUGUGGCUGCGAGGGACAACAACAUGUUGUGUUUUUCCCAGGCGACGUGCAGAACUAUGCUGAAGCCAUGGAUAAGAAUUGGAGACAGUGGGACUUGGAGUCGACGGCUAGGCUCCUUGCGCGUCGGUUUGCCAACAGCUUCGUGUGGGUGAUCCGCCCCUCGCGCUACCACAAAGACACGUUUUCCUGUUAUAAUAACUUUACUGAGGGAGACAUGUUCGGAGUGCCAGACCACAGGAAUACCGAGUACGGCGCUUUAAGACAUCUGAAGGCUCUUAUAAAUGCUGGCGUCAAGCAAAUUUUAGACAUCGCUGAUGGCGAGGAGGAUGCCACUCAUGAUUUUCCCAUCCUCCUCGUGGGGUUUAGUAAAGGCUGUGUCGUGCUUAACCAGAUCACGCAUGAGCUCACGGGAAUGACCGCUGGCGUAGAUUCAAGCUUGAACGAUUUUGUGUCUCGUAUUAGCACCAUGUACUGGCUCGACGGUGGUCACAGCGGCGAAGCAAACACGUGGGUAACGGACGAAAAGUACCUUUAUCAUUUAGCCAAUCACAUCCCGAGCAUUCGUGUUCACGUGACUCCUUACCAGGUUAAUGACUGGACUCGGCCGUGGAUUGGUAAAGAGCAGCGGCUUUUUGUGGAAAAGCUUAGAUCACUUGGGGCAAAUAUCAAAGUUAAAACUCAUUUCCAAGACAAGGAGCCAUCGCUUUUUUACCAUUUCAAGCUAUUGGAGAACUUCUAGGGAACCUAUAAUAUGACAGGAAACGACGUGGAUGUCUAUAGAAAGGCUGGGAUUAUAGAACUUAUAGCUUACAUGAUUUCAUGGGGUGGCACAAUUCAAUUCACGAUUGGUUACUUUUUAGUAUUCGCAAUUUUCUACAAAAGGGUCAGUAGACAUUUUUUCCGAGUGGUUUUUGAUUGUGUGCUCUAAGCCAAUCGUAUUUUGAUUACAGGAUUCCUUGUAGAUCUCUAUGUUUGUUUGUUUAAUUAAGCUUGUAUUAUAUAUGGUAUAUCCCACAUACGCGAUUACCAUCUUCUAAAUUCCAACGAAACCUCAGGUUAAUCACUGAAUUAUUUUCACAACAUAUUUUAUUAAUCCUUGUGUUCUGGUCAAGGUAAAAAAAAUACGAGUGCAACAAAUAUACUGAAUUCAAAUUUUCCAUUAAAGAGCAUGUCUUUUGGACAAAUAAAAUCAACACAACUAUAA